AUGAAGCUCACCUCUUUGCUAGCGGCUGCGGCCGUUGUUGCUGUGUCCCAUGCUUCUCCGCACCCCGCACUGGACCAGCAACAGGCCCUGGGAAGCUUGCAAGAGGCUCACCGGACCAUUGUCGGUGAGAAAGCCGACCAGUCUCUUGAAGACUUGCUCCAACACGAUCCCUUAUUGUCCUUCCACCGAGACUUGGUCUCAAUUGAGUCGAUAUCCGGCAAUGAGCAUGACGUCGGCAUCUUCGUCGCCGACUUCCUCAGGGCCAAGAACUUCACCGUCGUCAAGCAGAAAGUUGCAUCGGUCAAGAAGAAGAAGGGAGAUGUCCCGGAUAAUGAUGACGAGACACCCAAGACAAGAUAUAAUAUCUACGCGUAUCCUUCAUCUCUGCAAGAGCAACCUUCAAUCCUAGUCACGAGUCACAUUGAUACCGUUCCACCGUUCAUCCCUUAUUCCGUGCACAAGCCUGAAUCGGCGACCUCACGAUCUGAAAGUGUUGACGACCAUGUCAUUGCUGGUCGAGGCUCGGUCGACGCAAAGGGUAGCGUUGCCGCACAGGUCUACGCAGUCCUGGAGACUCUAGAGGCCAACCCAGAUGCCAAGCUAGGCCUGCUCUUCGUUGUCGGCGAAGAGAUCGGUGGAGACGGUAUGAAGACCUUCUCCGAGUCUGAAAUCAACUUCAAGAGCGCCUACCACACCGUCAUCUUCGGUGAACCUACCGAGGCCAAGCUUGUGUCCGGACACAAGGGCAUGCUGGGCUUCGAGGUCCUGGCCCACGGUAAAGCGGCGCACUCCGGCUACCCGUGGCUGGGCAAGAGUGCCGUCUCUGCCAUCUUACCCGCUUUGAGCCGCGUGGAUCAACUCGGUAACCUCCCAGUCAGUCAAGGUGGAUUGCCUUCUUCGGACAAGUAUGGAAAUACCACGCUGAAUAUCGGAACCAUUCGAGCUGGCGUGGCGACAAACGUUGUCCCGGCGUCGGCGCGUGCGGAUGUUGCCGUUCGUCUGGCAGCCGGUACUGCCGAGGAGGCGCGCGAAAUCAUCCGCCGGGCAGUGAAGGAUGCGACGCGCGAAGUCGAGGCCGACGUCGAGGUUGACUUUUCCAAUCACAAUGAAGCUUACUCGCCGCAAGACCUCGAUACAGACGUGGAUGGGUUCGAGGUGAUGCCUGUGAACUACGGCACCGACGUACCCAAUCUGACUGUGCGGGACGGUGUGAAACGAUACCUCUACGGUCCGGGAAGCAUCUUUGUGGCUCAUGGUGACGACGAGGCCCUUACAGUCCGCGACAUGAAGGAGGCGGUCAAGGGUUUCAAAAAGCUCAUUGACGCUGCAUUGGAACGGGAUUAG